AUGACAGAGAGUGUCUUCAGCGAAGCGUCGACCCGCUCGGUCUGGCCGCGUGAGGUGAUGGUCUUCAUGCUCGCGUUUAUUAGUACCCAUGAGAAGCUGUUUGAAUCAGACAGCACACGAGCUGCUGGUUUCGCAAAAUUGGCUGAACGGCUCACGACCCUCCAUCCCAACAGUCUGUCCUACACGCCCAAGAAAGUGAAGGCGAAGCUCGUCGAGAUUCACAAGUGGUGCGGGGGUAAAGCGCCCAUCGAAGAGCUUUACCAUUAUGGCGUCCAUCAAGCCACUCUGCCUGAUUUGGAGUUGUGGCAAUACGCCACAUACGACGAAAUUCGGCAUCAAAUUGACAUCUUCCGCUUGGAGCAAGGACUGUUCGACCCUUCCUCAACCAUAACUCAGCCUUUCGCAAGCAAGAGCAAAUAUGAGACACGUCAACAAAACCCGUCUACCAAAGACAAAAUUCGGUGUAUCUGCCCGUUCGACACUGAAGAUGGCCAACGAUCGGUUUGCUGUGAGCGAUGUGAGACGUGGCAGCACGUCUUCUGCUACUACGAACCCCCCGAAAACCACUUCUGCGACAAGUGUGCCAAUGAUCUGGAAGACAAUCGGGCGGAAGCUUCCAUGCAGAGCGUCACCAAAGAAAUAGGGCUGCUGUCUGUCGGUCCCGACAAUGAGGAGGACGAACAGAGCCGAGACGACCUGCUGAAGAAGGUCGGAGAGCUACAGCAUUUGACGCGUCAACUCACUGCCGAAAACCAAAGUUGUCAACGCCAGAUCAGAUCAUACAAGCUUGCCCUCCAGAACGAGAGGCAGCUCAGUACCUUUACCACUUUUCGGAACUUUGACGCGAUAGAAAUCGAGCAGAGCUUGCUUCCAACCCCGGAGAUUGGAAAGACAGUCCAAAAGAUCAAUAACCUGAUCCGCGGGUAUUUAUCAUCACAACGACUUCGCGAUAAAGAGCUCCCCUUGAUCUCACUGGUCAAAGGACGCGCAACAUCGGAGGAACUCUCCAGCACUUGGAGCUCAUAUCUGGGAAAGCAGCCAUCCUCCACCAAGAAGAAUGCAACGAGGCAUCUGAAGAACACCACUGCGUCAUCACACGCCGUUCUGAAGACGCUCGUCUGGACAGCCAUCCGUGAAUGGAUCUUCAAGUCGGAUGUCUUUUCCCUCGAGGAGUUCGCAGGGCCCUUGUUGCCUCAGUUGUCCCAGUGCGUCUUGAGUCGUGACGGGCCGGAAGCCCUACGGAAUCUCUACCUCGCCUCUUGGUUGGCACUAUUGCAGAUGGAGAAUUCGUGGUUCCAGGAUCUCUUGAAGGCCAGAGCCGACGAGCUGGGACAGCGGCUGUUGGUCACCGUUGGCUCACUGGCACAGAUUUGUAACGCCGAUGCUCAAAGUCAAUCCGAUAGCAUCAAACAGGAUCUCGACAACGACGAAGACCACAACCGCUUCCAAGAGAUAGCGAUGACGGCCCUGGUCUUAAAAUCUCGGCUGCCCUUUAAAACUUCCUUGGUCGAAUUGUAUCUCCCAGCCCCGGGCGACUUCUUUGCCGAGUGCCACGAUACACCUCUGCCGCCGACAGGUCGUCCUGAAAAAGGGAAGGUUCUCGUCGCUAUUAGUCCCGCAAUCAUCUUGUACUCUCUGGGCGCGAACGACAAAGAACAAACUCCAAGCUCGGUGCUGGACUGCAUGGUGGUCAAUGGGGACAUGGAUCGAGAACAAGGAACCGUUGUCUGUCCGGCUUCCGUCCUAUACGAGAAAGAGUGA